AUGCGGCGGGCGUGGUGGCGGCCUUCGCCGGCCUGGGCUUUGAAAUCCUUGUCCUUGCUCCUGCUUCUGCUCCUCUUCGUCGCGUUUGCGCUUGGUCCCUGGGUCCAGGGCAGUUCGCCGCUGGAAACGAUCCGAUUUGUCUAUGACCGCCUCACCUGCACCCCGGCAUGGCGCCGGCACGCGCAUGUGCGCUCCCUCUCCGAGCCCGGCCCCGAUGGACAAGCGGGGCUCGCCCGCCUGGGUCCGCCCAACUGCACUCGGGUGCACCCGCGCGUCCGCGUGCCAAGAGUCUACGUGGCCGAUGCCGAGCUAGAAUCAGCCCUAGGCCCUCGGUGCGCCGAGUGCGCCGAAUUUCCAGUCUAUGACCAGAUUCGCGCCAAUGUUACCCGCACCCUCGUCACCGACCCGGCCCACGCCGAUGUCGUCCUUUUUCCCUUUCCUGCCGACUGCCAGGACGCUCGCUGCGCCAAAAAUCCCGACCUGGACUUUGCUCGUGCUGCCCGCCUUGCCCUUGACCCCCUACGGGCCCGCUUUCCCCACCUUCAGUUUUUCACCGUCAGCCGUCGCCCCUUUCCCGCCCGCACCAACCUCCGCGCCCCCAUGCGCCAGCUCCUCGCCGACUACCCCCACAUCAAGUUUCUCUCCCCGGACAUUAAGAACAUGCAGUCCCACGAACUCCGGGAUCCGCACCUCCAGCCCAUCCUGGCCAACCACGUCGUCCUGCCCCAGUUUCCCGUCGACUUUCCCAUUCUCACCGCCCCCUUUGAUCCCGCCUGGCCCCGCCCCUACCGCUUCUGCUUCCAAGGCACCCUCCUCAACGCCGAACGCACCAUGGUCGCCGACGCCCUCCUCCAACGCAACGACUCGUUUGUCCAGGGCAACUGCCGCUCCGAUCGUGCCAACCUUGCAGCCACCUCCCUGCGCACCGAUGAAUCCGCCCUCCUCUACGCCCAAUGCGAAUACUGCCCCACCCCCCGAGGUGACACCAACUGCGACACCCGCUUCUUCGAUGCCCUGCGCGUCGGCUGCAUCCCCAUUGUCACCAACGCCCUUCGCCCUGCUCCCUACAUUCGCCACGUCGACUACCACGGCUGGGUCGAAACCUUUCUACACGACACCAACACCCCCCGCUUCCAACGCUUCCUCGACCACCUCGCCAAUCAACCCGCCCACGCCCGUCACCAGCAACGCCUCCGCAUGCGUGACGCCGCCCUGCACCUCACCCACGCCUCUUGCAACGGCGCCCCGGGCCUCCACUACGCCCUGGCCAGCCUCUUGGAAGACCGGACCCACCUCGAAGACCUCUGGGGCUUUACCCUCGAUCACAGCCUCUAA